UACCGGGUAUUGUUGGCCAGUACAGCAACGAUCGCCAUCGAUCCGUCCUGAUAGUUACUUAAGAGUUAAUAAUCCUCCAGGGUGCGUAACGUAUACAUAUUUUAAGAGUAAAUUCAUUUAAAUUUGUUAAUAGAAGGCCAGGUGGUUGUCGGUUUUGUCUUUGAACUUGGCUUUUUACUCUCUCUCGGCAAUUACAGACACGCCUGCCUCGUUAAUUAGAGUAGAAAGGGAAGAAAGAAUAAAAAAAAAAAGAAGUGAGGAGGGCCGAUAUUUAACUAAGGUCUUUCUCUCUCUCCUUAUCCCACGCCGAAUAAUAUAUAGCCAUGAAUAUUUAUAUAAAUAUAAAAUCCGGUAUCGUAGGAAAAGUGCCGAAGAAGCCAUGCAAAACUCUGGGGUGACAUCUUAGUCACGUGCCGACACUGAUAAGUAGCACGAGUUGAAGGGAAUGUAUUGCUGGUGACUGACUUCCUUACCGUCCCUCCCUUUACCAGGCAGAAUGGGAGAAGGCCGAACAUCAAAAGCUGCCGGUUAGUAGUUAGGCUGUCCCCCUGAUUCCCCUCUUGCGGGGCCGGUCUCCUUGGAAAGUUGCCAACUUUCCGCAUACAUGGGACUCUAUAUACGGCCGGUCACUCCACCCCGGCUUUUCUCUGCACGCGUAUUGUAAACACGAGUCCGUGUGCAGAUUUAUUUAUUUAUCAUUUUUAUUCUUCUCGGAGGGAAAAGGAGGAGUUUCUCGUCUCGUCUACGUGCGACGCCCAUCCGCCGAGAUUGGCGCGUAACGCAGGGCUUGUGAGUUCGAUGCGCCACGGUAUAAAUUACAACCGUCGGAUCAUUUAAAUUCGCUUUCGAUAAGCGAUACCGCUCGCGUCCCUACCUACUUUCCCUUUUUAUCGGCGUUUUUUAUUGGUCGAUGGCCUUCCGGCGCAGGCGCCGCCAGUCGUUACUCCAUCUAGUCACGUUCCCCAACCCUCGGGAUGGAAUGGAAACGCGCCCGUUGCCAUGGCUACGGUUGGCAGAGGUUGAUUCGCUUUCAUUCAUGUCUUCGGCGGCAAAGUGAAUCUGGUCUAUCUCAGUCAUCAUGAGAAGCAGCGGUCAUGAGUCUACUUAAUAAGUUGCCGAAAUUUACUCUGCUGCGCCUUUCCAACGCAUUAGGUAAAGCGGGAAGAACUCUAUCGGAAUGCCCGCUGGAACUUUCUUUUUCGCUAUGUGAAGAUAACUCUUGCAUCAAGUCACCUUCGUCGCCGAACGAAAGGUUUCCGCUUCAAGUAGUGCUCCCUCCCGAAGAUGAAACUUCGAAUAUGAAGAAAUUAGAAGAAAAGGAGGAAACGCCGGAGAAGGCGGAAGAGGAAAAGAACGAGAAGGAAGAUAGCACGGAAGCGACUUGCAGCGUGACCGUGGAUGAUAGGGAGAAGCAGGAAUUUUCUUUCACACUCUACGACUUCGACGGACACAGCAAAUUUAGCAAAGAGGAUGUAGAGAAGGUUGUCAUGAGAUCCAUAUGUGAUGCAUUAGGAAAAACAUUAAAGCUGCCCCCAUCUGGGAGCAGGACCAUUAAAGUUCGUUUGGCGGUCACACCGGACAGCAGCACAGACAGCUGCACAAAAGAGGAGGAGACCAGUGAGUGCGAGAACAGAGUGGAACUCGACAACGCACUCCAUAGCGACUACAGCACCAACACGAACUCCACCUAUCUGUGCACCUCAAAUGACGACAAGAUACCCGAGACAGACGUGCGGUACCACAGUCCCCAAUUGGGAAGGAUACCUUCUCCGAUCGUCAAAAGCAUGGCCUCACCCUCCAUAAGGCUGCGCAAGGCUCACAGGGCAGGCAAUCAGAAGGUUGAAAAUUCAGAGUGGACGCAAGAUGCCGGGGAGAAAAUUUGUGCAGACAACGAAAACAAGAGGCAUCAUCAUGAGGGAUAUGAGGCCAUCGUUGAAGAACACCGGCACAGACACCGACACAAACACCAACACCGUGAGCGCGGUACAGGAUGCAGGGACAGGAGGAACAAUUAUUUAGAUCUAGCAGGAAUGGAUAACUGUAACAAGCCACCCAAUACAUAUGGCACAAACUGCAACGAUGGUUCGUUCAUUUGUCCUUACAGAUUGCUAGAUAGGAACCAUUUGUGUUCAAAACUACAUCGGAGCAAAGAUGCGAUGGAACAGACUAGAACAAGACUCAUGAAUGACGAUGCAGUCUAUGCCAACAGAUUUUCGGAACCCAAAAACGACUUGCUCAAUCUGAGCUUUGACAUGUGCAGUUGGGAACGGCAUCAUCACAGACGUUCCAAAUCUUAUGACAUUUACGAGACUCCUCAUCAUCCCAAUGUACCCAAUUCACCAAAAGUGAAACAGAGGCCAGGACGUAGUGCUUCUCUCAAUCCGACGGGAGUGUCUCCAGUGUCCAAUCACGCGCAGUCGCCGAAUCACCACCACCAACGUCAUCGUGAAAGGGAACGCGAACAUCAGAGGGCAAUGCAGAGGGUGGCAAACUGGAUUGAGAGAGAGCAUCUGGGGUCGGGUAAUCACAAAGAACAGAUGCGGCGCUAUGCCUGUCUGGGGCAUCCACGGCGUUCUUCACAACUGGUUGUGGAACGUCACGAACACCACCACCUCCACGAGCACGUUCACCACCACUACCACCACUAUGUGGAUUCAUAACUGUAAUCUUUAGAGUUGAGGCACCAACUAUGCAUUACAAAUAAAAAAAUAAUUUAUUCAUAUCAGUUUUAAACUAAUUUUUAACAGGAAGAAAAAUGAUUUUGUAUAAUAAAAUUGUAAAUAGUGUUUUUAAAGAAAAAUAUUGCUAUUUUUUCAUUUUGUUACAGAACAUAUAGGAUGCUGCAAAUUUUUAAAUUUGUUUGAAGAGUUUGAGCUUACAACAGUUAUUAUCUUGUAUAUAUGUUUUUAAAGCGAGUAAGACUAAAAUUCCGCACCAUGCGAUAGGAUGUUUUUGUAUCAGAUUUAUUCAGUGUGCCAUACAAAAAAUACUAUAUAAAGAAAAGACAAAACUACAAAUUCAUGUCGUUACAUUUGAAAAGUUUAAACAACUAAUAGAUUGAUUUGCUGUUGUUGAAUGAGGAUAAAAGGUGUUUUUACUUUAUUGUUCUUUGACAACACCAGAAUUUGGUCUGUUAAAGUAACAAGCGGAGGCAAACGAAGAGUAAUAAACUCCAUUUGGGCAUGGAGAAUAUUCGUGCUUGGAGUAGAGAAGGGGCUAGUCCCCACGAGCAUGUCACCAUCGGUAACUACAUAUCUCUUCCAA